UGUACGUCAGCAUUCUGUCCACAGCUUGUUGCAGUUCACCUGAUGAACAAUUUCUGGGAGGGCCACCUCACAACCUACAAAUGGAAUCUUGCAAUUUUCAGCACAUUUUGUCCUGGCAGGCAAGAAGUGAUACAACUGUGCCAAUGCGCUAUCGUGUGCUGUACGGUGACUACAGGAACUGGAAGACUGCUAAACAAUGUUCAGAUAUUACACAACUCUCCUGUAAUCUGACAGAUGAUUUUAAAGACAUUUUCACCGAGUAUUCUGCAUUGGUUCAGAGCUUCAUAGGAACCGAAGUACUCAAUUCCUCUGUAUUAAGUUUUAUGCCAUAUACCGACACAUUCCUGGGACCACCAGAAGUUAAUAUCAGUUCUUGUCUAAACUGCAUAAAUGUCACCAUAAAGCUGCCAACCUCUCACUUCAGAGACAAUGGAAAGCUGCUGUCUUUAAUUGAUAUAUAUAAAGAGCUUGAUUAUGAUAUAAUACUAAAAACACUUGAUGGAGAGCAUAAGAGGCCACGUGAGAAAACCACUGAAGAAAUUUUUAACACUGUCAUUGAAGAAUUGUAUCCAAAUAGAAAUUACUGUGUGUCUGUUAUGGUCACUGCAUCUAUAAACAAACAUUCCAUCCCAUCAGCCUGGAAAUGUAUCACUGCAGACGCUGUAGCUCAACAAGAUUAUCAUAUAGUUGCAAUUGCAGGCGCUGUAUGUUUUUCACUGAUGUUAGUUGGUGCCCUGAAGUGUGUGUAUGCCGGAGGUUAUAUUCUUCUAAACAAAUCACUUCCACGUACCUUGGUAUUGAGGACAUUUGCCUAUUCACCUUGGACACUUGAAUCUGAAGAAAUAGCCUCUGUCGAGAUCAUUUACAAAGAGCUCAAGAAAAAGGCAAAUGAAUCCAGCGGUGAUGUCAGUGAUGACAGUGACAGCGAUGCCAUAAGCAAUCAUGACUACACAAGGCGUAAUAUCAUAAGUAGAGCACCUCAUUCCUCUGACACGCCAAAUGGAUUUGUGCAGUACUCUAGAAAUACUCCAUGUGAUGACAGCAGCAGCCAGGCAAGUGAGAAUCCAGACGCUGACCCAGGAGAUUCUGAAGAGCACGAGACGGACACUGAAGAAGACAAAGACACGAGUAGUGAGUUACUUAAUCCUUUCUCUGAGGUAAAUUGUAACUAUUCUCCUGGGAGAAGGAACAGUGCUUGCUUUACCAUUAACUUAAAAACUGUGCUGUUGGGUACCUCUGAAGAGGACGUGGCAAGUUCUGCCGCUCUCCUUUCUCCCCAGGAGGAUGUAGCUGAGUGGCAAUGUACUCGUGCUUUUGAAGCAAAUCUCCUGGAUGACACAGAAAGUGUGGAGAACCCGCACUGUCAUAACGGCUCUCAGGAAUGGCAAAAUUCCUCUCAUUCUUCUGAUGAAAGUGACUUGUCAGAUUCAGAUAUGGACCAAAAAACUGAAUACCUAAGAAGAUGA